AUGCCUGCCAUAUUGAUUGUAUACGUUAACUGUGAUGAGGAGGUGACGGAAAUUCAGAACAUUUUUGCAAAAUGCAAAAAGUCAUCACCAGAAUUUGACGGCUGUGUGAAACGGGCAUUAAAUAAAGUGCGGCACUAUUUUAAAAAAGGAAUACCUGAAUAUGGCAUAGCGCCUUUCGACCCGCAUUACGCGAAGGAGGUGAGACAGCAGCGGUCCAUAUUCGGGAUGGGCUACACUCUGACACUCCUGGACACAUACGAGCGGGGCUGGUCGAAUUCCACCGUCACUAAGUAUAAAACAGAUUGGGCAAACGAGAGAAUAAUUUACUCACAAUACUUUCCUGAAAAGUGGCUGGAAGGAGACUACGAAUUUAAGGGUGACGCGCUAUUCCUGGGCGUGGCGCGGUCCGGGCACUGGAACCUGACGCUGCGGGACUACUCGCAGACCACGCGCAUCAAGCGGAACGGCGCCGGCCUGGACGUCCACGUCGAGAUAGACCACAUCGGCGACAUGGAGAUACACGUUGGCAAUCUGCUGCGGGGCAGGAGCGUCAUGGAGCGAGUGUUGGACGGCAUCAUCAACUCGACGUGGAAGCCGGGCUUCGCGGUCAUCCGGCCGCUCAUCAACGACCUGGUCAGCACCGCCUUCACAGACAUCAUGACCAACUCCUUCAAGUCAUUCCCUCUCGACAACUUCAUCAAAGACUGACCAAAUAAUCCACUUGUUACCAUUGUUUUGUUUUCUUGUUUUAAGAUAGAAAAUAGUUAUGUAAAUUAGACAUGAACCAAAUUGUAGGAAUUAAUGUAAGUUACACCCAGAGAAGUGAGAGAGGCGUGGCCGUCUGCGGCUGCUCCUAGGGCGAACUGUUAAUGAAACAAGCAAAUAUAUUACAU